AAUUAAUUGUCUCUGCAAGUUGAAUCUUGUGGUCUAUAAGUUUACCUUCUCCCAUUCAUUUGUAACACACAAAAGCACAAUGGAAGCUUUGCCCAACAGAUUAGAAGGCAAAGUAGCCAUAGUUACCGGUGGUGCUAGCGGCUUCGGUGAAAGCACGGCGAGGCUGUUCACUAAAUACGGCGCAAAAGUUGUGAUCGCCGACGUCCAAGAUGACCUGGGAGUUGCUCUUUGUAACGAUCUAGUGUCUGAAUCAGGCGACAAUGUUAUCUACGUUCAUUGUGACGUCACACAAGAAUCUGACGUAAAGAAUGCCGUGGACACUGCCGUUUCCAUGUUCGUCAACACGUUUGGAUCAUUCUUGGGAGCUAAACAUGCUGCUAGGGUUAUGAUUCCGGCAAAACGUGGAGUGAUUCUGUUUACUUCGAGUAUAGCUUCGGUGGUUUCGGGCGAGUCACCACAUUCUUAUACAGUGUCGAAACACGCGGUGGUGGGAUUGAUGAAGAAUUUAUGUGUAGAAUUAGGACAAUACGGGAUUCGGGUGAAUUGCAUUUCACCUGGGUCUGUGUCGACGCCGCUGCUAACGAAUGCAAUGGGGUUGGAGAAGACAGCGGUGGAUGAUAUUGUGUGUGCUUCGUCAGUGUUGAAAGAGGUGGUGCCGACGGCUGAGGAUAUAGCGGAGGCUGCAGUGUAUUUGGGGAGCGAUGCUUCGAAGUUUGUCAGUGGGAUUAAUCUUGUGGUGGAUGGAGCUUACAGCACCACCAAUCCGACUUACACUAAAAUAAUUAAACAAACGUUUGAAGCCUUUGGCAAAAAAACAUAA